AUGUCGGCCGCACUGCUCUCGCUGGCUUGCCUGCCAGGCGCGCUCUCAGCGGUGCUUGACCUUCCUAUAUGGUUGAAGAACGGUUACUCAGUGGUUGAUGUGGAGGUUGGGACGCCUCCUGUCGCGCACACCCUUCUGUUCGACACCGGAAGCGCGACGACUUGGAUGAUCGCCGCGAAGUGCGAUGGGACAGCCCUCUGCGCGAACAACAGCGGAUUCAACCGCACGGGAUACAACGAGACCAGUUCGUCGACAGCCAAGGCCACCGGCGCGUAUGGCUCGAUUGAUUAUCUGGGAGGCAUGACGGCGGGUGUCGGAAUGGAGGAUGUCUUCGCGUUCCCGUCCGCCCCUGACACGGCCUGGAACCAGACCUUCCUGGAGGCGUACCAGUCCUCGUGGUUCAACAUCCCCGCCGACGGAUUCCUGGGUCUGGCCUUCAACACAAUCUCGGAUGCGAACACGACAACGUUGGUGGAGACGCUCCUGUCGUCAGGCCAGCUGGACGAGCCCAAGUUUGGGCUCUACUAUGGAACCGAGCUGGAGAACACCGGCGACAGCGCUGGAGAGGGAAGGCUGACGCUGGGAGGCUCGCAUGAGGAGACGUACGUCGACGGCGACCUGGUCUGGACCGACCUGUCCCCAGCCGACGAGCGUGCCCAGCUGUGGCGGGUCGACAUGGUGUCCGCGGUGGGCACGACCUCCAACAAGACAGAGUCCGCCGUCGCCCUCUCGGGGGCGUGGGGCGUGUUCGACACAGGAGGAGGACGCAUCUCGGUGCCGGAGAGGCUGAUCGACGACAUCUACGCGAGCAUCGGGAUGAACUGGACGGCGAUCAUCGGCGGGGAGCACCUCCCGCUCUGCACCGAGUUCACGGACGCGUGGUCGAUCGAGUUCAACAUCGGCGACAGCAGCAACCCGAGCACGCUGGUCAUCACGGGCGACAUGCUCAGGAAGCCCGGGUUCGCGACGGGCGAGGACAAGUACUGCUGGCCGCCGUUCGACCCCGGCGAGUCUGACGGUCUGUUCCUGUUCGGGUCGGACUUCAUGCAGAUGCGCUACACCGUCUUCGACUUUGGGGGGUUCGAGCCGUCGACGUACAAGACGAGGAUCGGGUUCGGGGCGUUGAAGGACGAGUACCGACCCGAGCACAUCUGA